AUGGCAAAGAAGAAGAAGCCAUUUCGAUUUCGAUUCCCUUGGUUUUCAGCACCAUCAGCUCCACAAUCACGUCAUUAUACUCAUCCUAAAGAUGAAUCAAAAUCCCAAGAGCAAGUAGGCAUGACCAUCCUCAUUCAUGGAUCACCUGAGAAAGCCCCAGCACGAGCUCCUCCUCAGGAUAUCCCAAUAGCUGAUCCUCAACCAGACAUACCAUCUCGUUCACUUGAGUCAGAGAAACCAUUUUCAAUGACCGAUGGAUCUUCAGGGCCUUCCCUGUCAAAAUCUGAAUCUUUGGCUUCUAUUUCCUCUUUCCCAACUACUCAACCUCAACGAGAAAAUGAAAAGAUGGCAGUGCCUGAGCAAGAGCCACGACCAGAUAUGUCACCAUCAAAAACUGUCCCUAAAUCUCUGGAACCAACCCAACCAAAGAUCUCUCCUCAUGUGUCGGAGCCAACAUCACAUCUAAAGGAAUCACCUUUUAGAGCCAUCCAUAAGUCUGAAGAUCAGAUUCAAUCAGAAACAUCUUCUCAUGCGUCUGAUGAGUCAGUUCCACAGCCAGAGAUAGUCUCUCGUGUGCUUGAGUCGAUGCCACAGUCAAAAGAAUCACCAUCCAAAACCAUCCCCAAGUCUCAAGAAAUAACGCAAACAGAGACCUCUCCUCAAGCGCCUGAGCCAGUGCCACAUAUGAAGGAAUCACCUUUGAGAACCACCCCUAAGUCUCAAGAUCUAACUCAACCAGAAACAUCUUCCCAUGUGUCUGAGUCAGUUCCACAGCCCAAGAUAGAGUCUCAUGUGCUUGAGUCAAAGCCACAAUCAAAAGAAUCACCCUCUAAAACCAUCCCCAAGUCUCAAGAAAUAACCCAAUCAGAGACCUCUCCUCAUGUGUCUGAGUCACUGCCACAGCUAAAGGAUUCACCUUUAAGAACCACCCCCGAGUCUCAGGAUUUGACCACGGAAACAUCUUCCCAUGUGUCUGAGUCAGUUACACAGCCCAAGAUAGAGUCUCAUGUGUUUGAGUCAAAGCCACAAUCAAAAGAAUCACCCUCUAAAACCAUCCCCAAGUCUCAAGAAAUAACCCAAUCAGAGACCUCCCCUCCUGUGUCUGAGCCAGUGCCACAGAUGAAAGAGUCACCUUUGAGAACCACUCCUAAGUCUCAAGAUCUAACUCAACCAGAAACAUCUUCCCAUGUGUCUGAGUCAGUUCCACACUUAAAGACUUCUUCUCCUGUGUUUAAGUCAAUGCCACAAUCAAAAGAAUCACCAUCUAAAGCCAUCACCAAGUCUCAAGAAAUAACCAAAUCAGAGACCCGUUCUCAUGUGCAUGAGCAAGUGCUACAACUGAAGGAGUCACCAUCAAAAACCAGUCCUAAUUCUAAAGAACAAACCCAAUUAGAGAUCUCUUCCCAUGAGUCUGUACCAGCGACACAAGCAAAGGAGUCUCCGUUGAAAACAAGCCCUCAUGUGCCUCAUCCAAUGCCACAACAAAAAAUGUCACCAUCGAAGGUCGUCUCCAUGCCAGAAGACCAAUCCAACCAAAGACCUCUCCUGAACCUAAGAGGAUGCCCCCUAAGCUCCAUAUGA